UGGCGCUGGACCUUCCCCGGGAGCCGCUAUAAACACUCUGUAUACUGUGCAACCAAAGCUUCUGGACCAUAAUCCUGAGGUUUUGCUUUGUUGUCUGGACACGCGCAGAGUCCCGCUGCGGUUCUCGGGCGUUUCGUGUCUGGAAAUAGUCACGAGACGCUGCCACAUUGCGGUAACCGGCGAUCCACCGAACGUCCGGCGGUUGUGCCUGAUGCCUGACCGGGACGGUGACAGGAUGUUUGCCGGUGUGCUGUCCCCGGUAAAACUACGCAUCAAAUCGAGCUCAACCAUCAAAUUCAACUGUUCUCAAGAUGCCAACAUGGAGGAGGCACAGGGGACACUACUGUGGGAGUUUGAGGUGCUGCCAACAGACAGGACAGCUUUGAAGCUUCCACUAAUCACAGCAGACAUCCCAGAUCUACCAGAUGAUGUGGACCUUCAACCUGUCGACCCCAGCUUGCUGCAUCCGGACCAGUGUAAUUGCCAGAAAUCUACACAGUCACCUAUGGUCAUUGUUGACAUGGAGCCAGACAUGCAGUUCGACCCUCUUUCAGAGACUUUGCAGGACAUUCAAUUGUCUGGGGAAGAAUCUGAUGGCUCAGAUAAAAAUGAAGACUCUGGCGGAGACACAGACACUGAGGAACGGGAUGACCAAAGGCUAAGUGGACAGAUAUUUCGUGUUGCAGGGUCAACGUGGCAGACAUGCUAUCAAGAAGCACUAGAUGCAUGUUCUACUUUGCGACGAGAAGGUAAAGAUAUAGAAACCCGUGCAGUGUUUGAGAGGGACAAUAUAAAGGACAAAAAUGCUAUUAAGUUUGAAGUUUUUGUUGAUAACUCCUGGCAGAUAGUAGGCCACUGUCCAGGUCCUAAAAUUCCCAAAUUGACCAGGGCGAUGAAGAAAGGCGUGGUCAUUGAGAUAACUUUGCACAGAUUAACACUUGAUUAUUGCACCCCUGCUAAGAAGAACCUGUACAAAGCUUAUGUAAAAAUUGUAAAGGAAGGUACCUGGGAAAAGGAUAGUGUGAACUAUCAGUACAAUUCGUUUAUUGCAACAUAGAUGUUCCUUUCCAAGAAUCUCCAAAAUAUGGUCUUUGAUGGAAAUAAAUAAGGCUUAAGGACACCAUUCUUUAAUAAAUAUUAUUUAGCAACUUCUUGUUACAGUCUAACCUAGUCUUGCCACAAGUGAAAUAUUUAGCAUCUUUUGAUAUCUACGCAGAAACAAAGAUUAAGACUUUAGUAUUGUAUCCCUGUUAAUAAGAACCUGUACAAAGCUUUUGUCAAGAUCGUAAAGAAAGGUAACUGGGAGAGGAAUACUGUAAACUACAAGUACAAUUCGGUUAUUGCAACAUAGAAACCAGGCUUUUAGCCAGGCAGGCGUACACUUACUUGGAAACUAUAUUCAAAUUCCUUCUAUUCUCUAUGUCUUAUCAAUGCAACAUGUAUCUCCCGACUUGCAACAAAAUAGCAUCUUUUAUGAGUAUACAUUGAGUAAUAAAACCAAAGUUUCUGAAGAACACAGGAUCUGAAGAUCAUGCCUCAUAUGUACAAAAAACUAGUUUGACACAAGGCAAAAACUGAUAUCUUAUAAGGUCAGAACCUGUAUAACACUUAUGACUAUGUCUAUACAUGUGUUCUCCUCUUUCCUGACUUGCAACAAAAUAACAUCUUUUAUGAGUAUCAUUGAGUAAUUAAACUUAAGGUUCUGAAGAAAACAAAAUCUGAAGAGCAUGCCUCAUAUGUUCAAUAACUAGUUUGACAGUUACAAUAACUAGUUACAAUAACUAGUAUAACACUUGCAACAAUGUAUAUACCUGAGUUCUCUUCUUUCUUGACUUGCAACAAAAUAGCAUCUUUUAAGUAUACAUUUAGCAAUUAAAUUAAAGGUUCUGAAGAAAACAA